AUGGCAGGCGGUUACUUCCACUACGAAUCGGACUCUUCCGUUCCUUCCUCCUCCUCCGAUCGUUCACUAGCCUGCUCCCCCGCGACGUCAUUGAUGAAUCACCCCAUCGGUCACGCCGGAGCACGAGGCGCUUCGUUGGACCUCUCACCUUCUUCGACGCGUUCGGGUGGUACGGGUAUGAUGAGGGAUCCUUUCGUCGAUCCUAGGUUGAGUUUGGAUUCUUGGAGUAGGUCAUCGAUCGAAUCGAGUAACGCUUACGCGGCGACGACUCAUUCCCGACCAACGAACGGCGAGUCUGAUCACUACUACGCGGAUUCGUCGGAUCGAAGCGAACGACCUGGAAUGAGGCCAGCUAUGGGCAGGUCGAAUAGUGAUGUUCAAAGGGAAUUGCAAGAUGCGUUACAGGACGGUUUACCCACGCCGAAGAAGGAGGAGAAAUCGACGAGCAGUGCGUUCGCGAGUAGGAUCAUGAUGGCGAGCGGGGAGAGUAAGAAGAGUGGUACGAGUACUAGUAGUGCGGGAUCAACUCAUAGUGGUAGUACGAGUGGGGGUGGCGGAUUCUUGAGUCAAUUCAGGACGGGUGAGUGCUUUCAUCUUGUUUUGUGUGUGUGUGUGUGUGUGUGGAGGAAGGAGCAUGAUUGAUUCGAGUGAAUGGACGCGAUUCUGUUUUCUAAUAGGCUCGGGCUGGUUCGCGCCCGUCGUCCCGCCGGAACCGAAAUUGACUCGAGCGGAGAGGGAACAACUCGAGAAGGAGCGUAUCGAAGAAUUGAGGAACUCAGGCGCGAACGCAUCGAGGAAACGACCGUCGUUCAUGAAGAGGAUGUCGUCCGGCGUUGAGAUGAUGGGUUCCUUUGGCAAGGAUCCGAGUGGGCUUAGUCCGGCCAAACAGGGGCGGGCGAGGAGUGGUACGGCGACGACGAUUACAGAGGCGUAUAGAGGGUAG